CAUAUCCACAUACGAUUGCAAACAUCGAAAUGUGUGAAAAACCUAACCUUCAUCCUUUAUAAAAAGCCGCAUAUGAGUAAUUUCGAAGUGUGAUUAAUUUUCCGAAUCCGUCACUUCAGUGUUAUGGCCGAUCCUCGUCUAAAAACUCUCAAAAUCAAAACAGGUGUAGUAAAGAGAUUAGCCAAAGAAAAAGUGACUUAUGAGAAAGAAGCCGAUCAGCAGCGAAACAGAAUUGAAAGAUUAAAACGCGAAGGUAAAGACGAAUAUGACAUCAGGAAACAAGAGGAGGUCCUCCAGGAGAGUCUGAUGAUGGUCCCGGAUUGUCAGAGACGUCUCGCACUCGCUUACGACGAAUUGACCAAAAUUCUUGAAUCUGAACAAGACUUGAAAGAACUUGAGGAGUACCACACUGCGUUGAAAGUGCUCGAGGAGGCAAAAUUGCAGUUGCCUCACAAGGACUAA